UUAUUUAGUUCUGAAGAUUUCGUGUCGGAUCUUCGUUUCGGAUAUAGCCCAAGUAAACAUAAAGCCCAUAAAAGCCCAUUAAAUAACUAAAAUCUGCAAAUGCCUUGGCUGCUCCACUCUAUCGCUUGAUCACACUUCCUCUUCCCGAAUUCGCAGAGUGAGAGGAACACGAUGAAGGUGAGAUCAUCUGUGAAGAAGAGAUGUGAGUCUUGUCAGAUAGUGAAACGCCGUGGAAUUAUCUAUGUCAUAUGUUCAUCCAAUCCUAAGCACAAGCAAAGACAGGGGUACUGCUCCAUGUCUCAUGAAGGAACAAUACCAACAACUCCCUUGUUUGAUGACUCGGUUUCUAAUCAGGAGGUGGUGAAGCUGCCUAGUCUGAGAGUAUCUACCAGUCUGGCGCCUCUUUUACACAAGAGGCCUGAGCCAAUGACGAUUUUCGGGUGGAGGCCAGGUUUUGCAUCCAUUCUCUUCAAACAAGGGACUUGUUGUAGGCUCUUCUAGGCCAGAUAGCGGCUUGAAUGACCUGAACAACGAGAUAUGUGUCAUGCUUGAGUAUUCAGCCUUUUCUUUUAGAAUUUUUCUUUGAAACAUAUGUUGACUCAACAUCACUUUCUUUGCUUUUGCAAAUUAAUUGUUCCAUAUGUUUAUCUCUCAAAUUAAUAUGAGUAUAAAACUGUUUUAACU